AUGCCACGAACCAGGAAACUCAACCAGAAAAGUAAAUCGUGGAUUUAUGAGAUCCAAGAGCAAUCUACCAGAGCUAUACUAUGGAUUAAAAAGGUUUCCAACAGCCGAAAAGAACAAGGAUCUCCCAUUAACUGUGGAAAACUUGGACAUAAUUCUACAACAACUGGUGUCGUUGAAAUCGCGAGGAGAAGCAGUGAAUCAAUAAUUGCUUCGAUACAGCUGGUAAAAUGUAUUGCAUAUGUAGAUAUACUGUGCAAUGAAUUGAGUGGAAAUUGCUACGAUGGGUUUUGCAUGAGACCUAUCAAAAUCGAGAAAAAGACAACUCAUGGUCUAUACAAAACUGAAGAAACAAUUUGUGAAUCGAAUACAACAAGAAUGAGAAGAUCGAGUUAG